AUGUUGCUAAAAGGAGAGCUGCACUCCGCACCUAUCACAAAAACCCCUCAGCGCGUGCUAGACCUAGGCACAGGGACUGGGAUUUGGGCCAUUGAUUUUGCAGACCAGUAUCCAUCCGCACAGGUUUUAGGCAAGUCGAUAUUUUUUUUGAUCUGUCCUCUCACACGAACUCACAAGAAACAUACUAAUACUCUAGUAGGCAAUGAUCUCAGUGCCAUUCAGCCACAAUGGACACCACCUAAUUGUAGCUUCGAAAUUGACGAUUUCGAAGCAGAUUGGCCUUUCGCCCGCCCAUUUGACUAUAUUCACGGCCGUGAACUGGCGGGCUCCGUUAAAGAUUUCGACAGACUAUUUACCCAAGCUUACGCCAACCUAAAGUCAGGUGGCUUUCUAGAGAUGCAGUCAUUUCGAAUAGAAAUUUUUGCCGACGACGACUCCCUCGACAAAGCCGUUUACACCAAACAGUGGGUCGAAUUUCUACAAGAUGCCGCUAUCAAGCACGGCAAACCGAUGGCCAACAUGGAUGAGUGGCCGGACAAAAUGAAAAAGGCCGGCUUCGAGGAUGUUACGAUGCACAUUGUCAAAGUACCAAUGAACCCAUGGCCCAAGGACCCUAAGCAGAAAGCUAUUGGCCGAUACAUGCAAUAUGAACAGGAACAAGCGGCUCCUGGUUACACAAAUGCCUUGCUAAGUCGGAUAUUGGGUUGGAGCAAGGAAGAAAUCGAUGUCCUCUUGGCCCAUGUUAUCAGUGAACUUCGAGACCGAAGCAUUCAUCAGUAUGCAAAGGCUUAUCUGAUUUAUGGCAGAAAGCCAUGA